AUGUUCUAUACCUGCUAUGUCUAUGUCAAGGAAGUGGAGGUGGCCGCCGAUGUCACGUUCCCCGCGCCACCGCUGGUCGUAUCGCUGCAGGAGUACGGGGACGUCCCCGCGGCACCGGAGGCACUGCUGGCCGGCUAUCCGGUGGUCUGUGUCACCGCGUGUGACCCGGCGCACCCCGAGUUCGCCCGUCUGGGCCCGCUGUGUGCCCGGGAGGGCGUGGACAAUAAUCACACCGUGUACCGGUGGAUGGUGGCAUCCCCAGCACCACCCGGCCAGCCACCGCGGCCGCUCCGACAGCUCACCGCAGCCGUGUUCUUCGCAGGUACCUCUGAGCGGACCCUGGACGCCGUCUAUGUACCGGUCGGCGGUCGGGUGCAGUGUGCGGCGCGCGCGGCGGACGCGGCCGGCCGGCCCGGCGCCGAGCUGCUCUCCCGACCUGCAGAAGUGGACGCCGUCAGGGGACUGUGUGAGCCGCGACUGGCGGGGACCAUCGGGGCUGAGCCUUUCACCGCCAAACUCAAAUAUACGGGCGCCGACGACCCGACCCACCCCCACAAGGUGCGUGUCACCGUGCUUAUCCCUCACGUGGACGGUCUGCUCCCGGCGCUCUCCACGCGACCUCUCAACAACUUCGACCUCACGCUGAGUAGCCGGGCGGCGCGGCUCGGCAACCACCGCUGCUCGAACCUUCUGGACGCUGACGAGGUCCGCACCGGCGCCGGGUUCAUCACAAACGCCACGGCCGCGCCGCCGGCCGCCGCCGUGCCGGUGGCCGCGCACCAGCUGGACGCUGCGCUGCGCCCGGCGCGCACGCUGCGCUUCUACCGCUCGCUGGACUGGCAGGGCUGCGUGUGGCGGUUUGAGGCCGAGUACUCGGUCUCGGAGCUGGUGUCGGUGUGUGGGGCACGCAUCGGCGCCGCGCCGGCCGACGACGGUCUCCUGCAGUCGCUGGUGGCUCUGACGGUGCCGCUGUAUGUGAGCUAUGUGUUCCUGGCGCCCGAGACACCCGACGGGUGGCAGCAUAGUGAUAUGGCCACGCAGCUGAGACUGACGUUCGCGUACGACACAUCUGUCCUGUGGUCGGAGGGGAUCGGACCGCCGUCUCUCUCCCCUGCCGGUGGUCAGCUCCAUCCCACCGGUAUGAGGCUCAGAGAGGACGGCCGGCUGGCGGUCACCUUCCGAACUGAGGCCGCCUUCAGGGGCAUGUUUGUGCUGGAGCACCAGGCGCUGAGCGGUGUACGCUCUCGGGUGACGAGUAACGACCACACGGAGAUGUCGUUCACGCUGCGUCUUACCCACUCGGAGCCCACGUUCGAACAGCCCACCCAGCAGUGGGAGUUCGUCUCCGACUUCGCCGCUCGCGACUACUCUGGCAACUUCAGCGUGCUCCUGGUGCCCUGCCUGGCCGAGGAGGCUGUUCUGUUCUCUGAGCCGCCCCGCUGUAACCCGGCGCCGCCGACCGAGUUCGACCUGCUUGUCAGGUUUCAGCAGGUCAGUGACCCCGUGCCGGCCCAGUUCUCCCUGAACACACAGUUCCACGUGAUGAAGAAGAGGGAGGCCUGGCUGUCGGCCGACCCGACCCGACUGGGGACCAGCGACGCCGACGUGGCCUUCGCGCCCGGCGAGCGGGUGCUGGGCAGGAUCAUGGUCGACCCCGUCCAGUACCUGGGCGGGUCGUUCCACCUCUCCAUCGACAAGUGUUUCCUCUGUGUCGGCGCCGACGGCUACGUGCCAAAGUUUAGCCCCGAUACAGACGAGUUUGGCUGUGUGGUGCACUCGGAGAGCCUGCUGCAUCACUUCAAAAUACUGGAUCGCGAUGACCCGAGCUCUGUGAUCGCCACAUUCAAGUCAGUGCCAUUCCAUUCUCGGUUUGUCACAAAUGACGUGGAGGCAGCUGUCUUGCGGAAUCAAACUAACUUCGAUGGGUUUUCCUUUGAGUCAUCACCACUCUUCCAAGUCGCUCAAGGUCGCCACUGGUUCAUCCACUGUAUUUACGAAAUUCAGUCCGCCAAGGACAGCGUGUAUCGGCAGAGGCGACACGUGCUGACCUCUACGGACACUGUGAGUACUAAAGCUUCUGUGGCCGUCCGUCGGGUCGCGCGCGAUGCGCCGGUGGACGGGAUCGGUCGCGGCGGGCGCGGUACCAACAUGCACGUGCUGUCGCUGGACUACAGCGCUGCUGCGGCUGCCGGCGAAGGGCGCGGGCCGGACAGCGGUGAGCUGCUGCUGAUUCUGGGCGGUCUAAUGCUGGGCGUAGUGUCCUCCCUGCUGCUGGGUCUGCUGGUGCGGCGCCGCUGGCUCUCCAAGCCACGACCAGCGGCGGCCGGUGCCCCACACACCACCCUCCACACCACCGCCUACAGUUCACUGCACGGUCGAGAGAUGUCACUGCUGUCUUCCCACCCCCACAAACUACCAGCGGGGGACCGGUACAGCGAGUACGAGCCUCUCUCGCCGACCUCCAGCUGUGUGACGAUCUCGGCACGGUCCCAGGCGUCCACAGGGGUGGGCCGGCCGGCACUGUGGAGCUCUGCCUCCGGGCUGCGCUGGGGCGAGCCGCUGGAGCCUCCCGUGUGGGGCGGUGGAGGACUGAGACCCGGGCGGCCGGUGGUGGGCUCCGGGGCACCGCGGGUGCUCAGAGAGUACCUGUAUGAUGAGGACUGCUCAGAGGUGUAGAUGAGGUCGGGCUCUCUGGACCUGGGGGCAGCGCUGGGGAGGGGAGCGGGUGACGCAAGUGGCGACUUACCAAGAAAAGCCGCCAGCCAUGGACCAUUGGACCAAUGUUGGGCCCGAGUUUGACAUGAGAGCCUGAUGGCCGAUAGUACUGCCGUUUUUAUUUUCGUAUGUAUGUAUUUGUUGUCAUUGAGUGGUUCAGUACAGUGAAUGAUUGUUCAACAGCAUUCCGAUAUCUGAUACUUAGCGAUAGUUUUGAUAGUUAUGAUGACUUUGCUCUUCGGCACAUUGAUAAUGAUCACUCAGCUGUUUUGGAGAUUGGUAGAAUUCAUCUGCUCAUUUAGAUAUGUUUCAUGCUUGUCCUACCGUAUCGUUUUAUUUGCAUCGUCUCACGGCUGGGAAUUAUCAUUUUGAUUUGUGUUUGUUAUUUGUACCGUUUUACAUUGCUAAGUUAUGAUAUUUAUUGUAGCGAUGUUACGUGUUGUUGGCGAU